AAGUAGCUGCAUAAUGACUUACUAUGCUGCCUUCGCCACCAUAUUGCUGGUUCAUUAUGCAGCAGUCUGUGUCGGUACCUCAAAUCUCCCGAAUGUUACUGGUUGCCCUGCAAACACCACCGACGCCAAUGCUGCCGACCUAGCUGAAAUAAAGGAAACCGUUAAGAAUUUAGUAUCAAAGGUCUCCCUCCUGCUUGUCCCCGGCCAU